CUCCUCCGACACAGCUCCUGCCAGAUUUGGUGAACCCUAGCACCAGAUGACUGUCAGUGCGCAUUUCCCACCGGCCACAGGCAGUGAGAGGUAAACAGGGAAGCGCGGCUGGGGACGAGAGCGCGAGAGCGUCUGCGCGACGGUGGGAACAGCGUGAGCGGCUCAGAGGCGAGCGGAGCGACGGGCAACUUCACCGGCGUCUGUGGCCGCGCACCGUCGAGGACGGGGGCAUCGCUGCUGAAGGAGGAGAGUGGAGUGUGCGCGGGCGCUGACUGAAGCGGCUGCAUCAGGAGCGGACUGUCGGAGGGGAAACGGAGCAGCGGCGGAAAGGAGCGGAACCAGCGCCACUGGAAGCGGACACUGGGAAAAGAAGCUGGUGCAGCGGGGAAAGUUACCAACUGUGGGGAUGUUGUGUUAAGUGCCAGUUUGCAAAGUGCCCGGACUAUUCAGAGUCGUUUUUUGCACUGGAUGCUAUUAUAGGCGAAUCCCAGUGCGCUCGUCCAUCCGGUGAUAUUCCGGAGCCUCGGUGGACCGUAACCAGCCCCGUCGCAUAGACGGCACCAGUCAAUUCUUCCACGCAACACAGUCGGCGACCAGAGCAACUACAAUGACUGCACUGUACCUCGUCUUUUGCCUUAUGGUCACAGCGGCCACCCAAGCGGCCUACUUCUCCCAGCAGCCCCAGGACCAGGUGGUGGUGUCCGGACAGUCGGUCACGCUGCCCUGUGUGAUCGUGGGCUACCGCGGGAUGGUGCAGUGGACCAAAGACGGCCUUGCUCUGGGCGGAGAGCGGGACCUUCCAGGCUGGACACGCUACUCCUUAAUGGGCGACCCGCUAUCAGGCGAGCACAGCUUGCAGAUCGAUUCGGCAGAGUUGGCGGAUGACGCGGUGUACGAGUGUCAGGCGACACAGGCGGGCCUGCGCUCCCACCGCGCCAGGCUCACUGUCCUGGUCCCUCCUUCGGAUCCUGUGGUGGAGGGCGGCCCUGUGGUGCGUCUCAAGGCGCACACGCCACACAACCUCACCUGCAGAGCCUCGGGAGCCAAGCCCGCUGCCGAGAUCACCUGGUACCGGGACGGGGAGGUCAUGGAGACGGCGGUUUACUCCAAGACUCCGAUGGAGGACGGGAAGAGGGAGACGGCUGUCAGCAUGCUUCCCAUCACCCCGGAGGACAGCGACUCCGGACGCACCUACACCUGCAGGGUCCUUAACCCGGCCGCCCCCGCCGGGAGACAGACGUCCAUCACCAUCAACGUGCAGCACCCGCCUUCGGUGACUCUCUCGGUCCAACCCCAGACUGUGACCGAGGGAGCCAAGGUUCUCUUCAUCUGCUCGGCCACGGCCAACCCUGAAAUCACCGGCUACAGGUGGGCAAAAGGAGGAGUUCCCAUCUCCGAGGCCAAUGGAGACAGCCUGGAGGUGACUGUGGACUACUCCUAUUUCACAGACCCUGUGUCUUGUGAAGUGUCCAACUCCGUGGGCAGCACCAACGUCAGCACCCUGGUCGAUGUCCAGUUUGGCCCCAGACUGCUUUCUGAGCCAAAGCCAAUGACGGUGGAUAUUGGGAUGGAUGCGGCAUUUACUUGUGCAUGGACUGGAAACCCACCUUUGACCCUGGCCUGGACCAAGCAGGGCUCCAGCGUGGUGCUCAGCAAUGGCAACACCCUGCAGCUGAAGGCCGUGACCCAGGAGGACGCCGGGACGUACACCUGCAAGGCCAUCGUGCCUCGGAUCGGGGUCGCGGAGAGGGACGUGGCCCUCACUGUAAACGGUCCGCCAAUCAUCACGGCCGACGCCACGCAGCAUGCGGUCAAGCACGCCAAGGGCAAGCUGGAAUGUCGGGUGGGAAGCAGCCCUCCGCCCGAAAAGAUCGUGUGGACCUUCGGCGACGUGAGCCUGUCGUCCGGCUCCUCCGGCCGCUACUCGGUGCAGACGGUGGCCAGCGACCACGGGGUCGUCUCCUCUCUGGUGCUGUCCGAGACGCUGGCCCAGGACUUCCAGCUGCGCUACAACUGCACCGCGUGGAACCGCUUCGGCACCGGCACCGCCCUGGUCACGCUGAAAGAGCAAGAAGCCUUGCCCAUGCUGAUAAUUGUUGGAGGUGCAGUGGGCGGAGGCUGUGUCCUGCUCAUCUGUGUGAUCACCCUGGUUUCCCUCUGCUGCAGGCACACAGGCAAAGGUGAGCUCAACGGUAAAAGGUGCACUCGUCUUUCCAAGAGUGACAUCAGAGUUCAGAUUGUUCACAGUGAUCACAACGCUACUCGCGGUAACGAUGAUGAGGAGGACGUCAAAGAGCCCAUGGCUCCAAACAGCAGCGAGUCUCCUGGGACAUCACGAACGGAACACAGCGACCUCCUAGAAGAGGAGGACGAUGAGAGAUCGGACAUCAAGGACCCAACCAAUGGCUACUACAACGUCCGCGGCCACGAGGACCGUCACAUCCGAAGCAGUGGCUUCUCCGAGUACGUGCCCAACUCGCGGCCCGUUUACACCCCAUCGCAGCUGCCUUCCCCCAGCCCCGUCUACGGCCAGCACGGCACCCAGCCCCGCGUCUACGACUUCUCCCAUCGAUACGCCACCACCACCGCGGGGCGGACCUCGUAUGAACAGCAGCAGGCGGCACAGCAGCAGCCCGCCCAGCCGGCCAGCAUUUACCCCACCGACCCCCUCUACAGCGGCUCUGCCUACCUGCCCGCCACCUACGGUCGCGCCUUCACCAGCUACGUGAAGCCCGCGUCUUACGAGAAGGUGGACGCUUACGACCAAUCGGACCAAGCCAGCAAGGUGUCCAGCUCAUCUCGCUUUUCUUAUGCCUCCUCACAAGUGUCCUCCCAGCAGUCCGACUACGGGCGACCAUCACAACGUAUGCAGACUCAUGUCUGAUUUGACACAUGAAUUGAGCAGUUUCAGAACCGGAGGGAGUAGAUACAAGUGUGGCUGGACUAACAUGAACUGAGACUUUCUUUACUUGGAGGGUCCUUCAAGGACAGGAGUCAUGAUUUAGGUUAUGGGAUAACCGACGUGUUUUUAUGACGGAUGGCGGAAUCUACAAGAAUGCUAACAUUUGAACUCCUGAGUGGGAGAAUGCGACAUAUUGUGACGUUCAAGUCAAACGGAGGGCAACAGUGUGUUCCCUCGCCAGGUUGUCUCUGCAUGAUGACCAACCGAACCCUGUGGACGUAUUCCGGCGCUGCAAGGGUCGUCCACAUAACCAAUGAAAGGCAUUUGUGCGGUGGCCUAAACGACGGCCGUUUACCUGCAUUCCAGAGUUUACUUUGUGUCAACAAUACAAGUCAAGUGUGACGUCUAAAAAUACUUACAAGCAACAACCUAUUGCUGUCUGUCAUUUGGUGUUUUGCUGGCAUGCGAAAGGAAUUCUAAGCACAUUUGUGUCUCUAUCACCAACAAGCGACUGAGCUCUUCACAGUGACAGACAUGAACGUUUCUGCACAACCGGUUCGCUAUAUUGACCAACAAGUGCUCCGGGCACUGUACUGUAUGAAGAGCCUACGUGGUAGUGGAACACAUCUGGCCCGAGCUGUAUUCUUGGAGCUUCUAUUGAUAAUUUCCCCAACAUGUUGGACUUAACAGUGUUGCUUGGAUAAAAGAAGGGGAUAUAAUGCAAAUGUGUAAUUUAGCCUUCAUGCUAAUGAAAGACAACAUGUUCACGUGUUGAACCAAGACGAUUAAGGCCAUGAAAACCCAAAGAUGGCGAUAACCGUACACGGGGAAACGGGGGAUAAGGCUGCAACUCGCUGCUGUAUCCCCGGUAAUGUUUUAUGAUUGUAAAAUCAAGAGGCGGCAAUUAGCAGAACAAUCAAAAUGGCGGUUUGGAAAAUGGUGGCAAUCUUGAAACUUGAAAAUGAAUGCGGCGUCAACUUCGACGGGCUCAGGUGGGGCGAAGGUGAAGUUCUAACGUGGACCAUACACUCGAGUUUUACAACUUAAAUCGUCUCAAUAUGUUUACAAGAAACAGUACUACCCUGAAACAAGUAUCUGUACAAAUGGCUGAGCCCAUACUUUCUCUCUGUUGCAUGCAAAUGAUGUGUCUAGUGAAAAUCUUCAGCGUUUCUAUUCAUGUCCAUUUCAUGUUUGAGACAUCGGCCCAGUUGCAUUCCACUCCCUGGAUGUUUCCAUUCGGACGCCUGCACUGCCAUUCGUCUAAAAAGCUGUCAGCUGUUACCAGGCAGGUUGAUGAGAGAACAAAUGUCACUUUAAGUGAGGAGGCAAACAUCAUCGCUUGUCUUUAUUUUUAUAUUUUAUAUAAGCCUUAAUGUACAGCGUGUAAGCUGCUCUAUUGUAAAAUAUCUUUAUACACAUGUGUAUCUAUCUUUUGAUUUAUUCGGGUCUAUGUCAGUCAUCAAUCAUUGAAUGCAGUUACUAUGCUUUUUUUUUGAAACACCACUAAUUGUCAUUUGUUUGUUUAUUCUUUUAUUAAUGUAUUAAGAAUUUUAUUUGCUAAAAAUGAGCUAUCAUUGCUUGUACCUUUGUACACAUAUUUAUAUUUAAAUAAAACCAUUUCAGAUAAA